AUGCUCGUGCUAGGCAAUAAACACCAGUCGGAUUUUAAUAUACAUGCCAUUACAGGUGACAAAGUACACGCUACUACCAGGGCUACACCGGAACUUAUCACUGACGCCCCUAAAAACUACGACCUAAUUCUCUGCCUAGACCCCGUUCUAUACGCACGACACCUCUACAAUAUCAACCUUCCCUGUGUUGCCGUGUGCAAGGUAGACGAACUCUACAAACACAGAGAUAUACCCGACGCAUUUGAUUACUUCAUACCCCUGGGCCCUCAUACCAAGGAAAACCUCCUUGACCUCAUCAACUCUGCCAAUCGCAACUGA